UUCUCCGUUCCCUAGGCAACGAACAGCUCGUCCCCCGCGCAUCCGCAACUCGGCAACUGCACCACCACCGGCGGCGGCUGCGAUGGACCAAAUCUUCGACGAGAAUCACGUGCGGCUGCGGAGCCGCGUGCGCGGGACGUACCUCUACGCCGACGAGGACGGGGUCGGCGUCUCUCUGAGCCGUCGCCGCGCCUCCCUGAACGCGGCGUGGCAGGUGCACCUGGUCCAGAACUUCGUCCUCUUCCGCAGCGCCGCCUACGGACGCUACCUCGCGGUCUCGCGGGAAAUGGCGCCUCCAGGCCACCGCGGCCUCCGCGUUGUCCAGCGCGACUACGACGAGCUGGUACUGUACGCCGUCGCGUGGAGGCCCAUUGGGGCGCCGCUCACCGUAGACGACGAAGCCGAAGCCGACGUCGUCCUGCGCUACGGGUCCACCCGCUACCUCCGCGCCAACGGCAGGCACCGCCGCUGGCACACCGGGGUCACCGUCGAUGACAACGGCGGUGUAAGGACCACGAUGAUGUUUUGGAUGGUCGAGGAAAUCCCCCCGAGGAUCGAGCCACCUGUCCUUCCACUUCCACCACCCCCAACUAUGACUACUACACCGGGUCUCAUGAGCCUGCUGCUCCGGCGCGCUGAACCCACGUCAGAGCCACUGAGGACGAUCCGAUACGUGCGGGCAAACAAUGUGGGGAACUUCAACCCGCUCGGCUGGGCCACGUUCCAGUUCUACGGCAGGUCUGUGUACUUGCUCCUGUGCAGGCUGGCGUACCAGCUAGGCGAAACCAUCUCCGUCGGCGGCGAACGGGGCGUCAUAGGCAUCGCGCUGUGCGUGCAGGCCGGCAACUGCGCUCGGCUGACUCCUCUGGUCACCGACCUGCCUUGGUGCGACGACCCCAUGAACAUCGUUGUCCUUGCCACCGAUUCCUAUGCUGCGACGCAACUGCGGCACCCCAAUGUUGACGAACCCUAGAGGUGUACGAGAGCUUGACGAAGUGACAACAGCUUCGCGACUGAUCUCUUCAAAAAAAAAACAAAACGUGCUUCCGAUGCAACGGCUUUAGAAGUAGAUUUUUUCCCGCUCGUGUAGUUUCAGAAACCUCAGACAUUCUCCUGCUUUCUGGUAGUUUAGUUGGAGGCGUUCUUCAGAAGGGAAGCAGUAUGGCUUGACAUCAGUUUCAGACUGCUGGAAAAGAAUUUUUUCCCACAUAUAAUGCUUGGAAGAUUUUUCCUUGUGUAGUUACAAUCUCCGUCUUUGUCUGGUCAUCACGAGAAUGUUGCUGGCAUGCUCUGUAAUUGCUCCGGAAUCCUAACACACCAGAUAUU